CCCGUCACGUGGGCUCCGGACGCGGCCGCUGCCGGUCGGUCCGCUGGUUGGUCGGUUAGUUGGUCGGUGGGUCAGUGGCCUGCUGUUCGUUUCUCGGCUCUCAUGUUUGGAGGUGGGGGGGACAAGUGAAAGGCCCGCACACCUGAGCUGUCCGGAGAGGAGCCCCGCACUCAGUAGGAGGAGACGAAGGAGAGAAAAGGACUCAUGGCUUCAGAGGCCAGUCAUGUGCUAGAAGCUGCCCUGGAGCAGAUGGACGGAAUCAUCGCAGGAACUAAAACAGGGGCAGAUAUUAGCGAUGGUACCUGUGAGCCUGGACCGGCCUCCCCAGCCUCCUACAUGAACCCCUUCCCGGUGCUCCAUCUCGUCGAGGACUUGAGGCUGGCCUUGGAGAUGCUGGAGCAUCCUCAGGAGAGGGCAGCCCUCCUGAGCCAGAUCCCGGGCCCCACAGCUGCCUACAUAAAGGAGUGGUUCAAGGAGAGCUCGUCCCAGGUAAAUCACCACAGUGCUGCCGGUAAUGAAACGUACCAGGAACGCUUAGCACGCCUAGAAGGAGAUAAGGAGUCCCUCAUAUUACAGGUGAGUGUCCUCACAGACCAAGUGGAAGCCCAGGGAGAGAAGAUUCGGGACCUGGAAGUGUGUCUGGAAGGGCACCAGGUGAAACUCAAUGCUGCCGAAGAGAUGCUUCAACAGGAGCUACUAAGUCGUACAUCUCUUGAGACCCAGAAGCUCAAUCUGAUGACCGAAGUGUCUGAGCUGAAGCUCAAGCUGGUGGGCAUGGAGAAAGAACAGAAGGAGCAGGAGGAGAAGCAGAAAAAAGCAGAGGAGUUACUGCAGGAGCUACGGCACCUUAAAAUCAAGGUGGAAGAGUUGGAAAAUGAACGGAAUCAGUACGAAUGGAAACUGAAGGCCACCAAGGCUGAGGUAGCCCAGCUGCAAGAGCAGGUGGCCCUGAAGGAUGCAGAAAUUGAGCGUCUGCACAGCCAGCUCUCCAGGUCAGCAGCUCUGCACAGUGACCACGCAGAAAAAGACCAAGAAAUUCAACGUCUGAAAAUGGGGAUGGAAACUUUGCUUGUUGCCAAUGAAGACAAGGACCGUCGGAUAGAGGAGCUUACUGGGCUGUUAAACCAGUACCGAAGGGUGAAUGAGAUCGUGAUGGCAACCCAAGGGCCUUCAGAAAGAACUCUCUCCAUCAAUGAGGAAGAACUGGAGGGAGGCUUCAGGAACUGGAACACUGCAAAUAAAGGCCCCGAAGACCUAUUUAAAUCAGAGGUGUCUCCAAGAGGCAGCUCUCCCACGGCGGGGCCACCCCCACUACCACAGAAAUCACUGGAAACCAGGGCUCAGAAAAAACUCUCCUGUAGUCUCGAAGACUUGAGAAGUGAAUCUGUGGAUAAGUGUGUCGGUGGGAACCAGCCCUCCCCCGUGGUAGAACCCAAGGAUGGCCCUUUCCUGGCGGAGCACAAGUACCCCACGUUACCUGGGAAGCUUCCGGGAGCCACGCCCAAUGGAGAGCCUGCCAAGUCUCCACCCGCCGCCGCCUCCCCAGUGGACCCCGCAGGGAGCAGCCCGCUGAGGCUGAGAGACACAGAAAGUGGCUGGGACGACACUGCCGUGGCCAAUGACUCAUCCAUGUCAUCGGGCACCGAGUCCAGCCCCCAGUCUCCCCUGACACCAGAUGGUAAACGGAGCCCCAAAGGCAUCAAGAAGUUCUGGGGAAAGAUCCGAAGGACUCAGUCAGGAAACUUCAACACUGAUGCCCCAGGGGUGGCCGAGUUUCGACGAGGUGGGCUCCGGGCAACUGCAGGGCCAAGACUGUCCAGGACCAGAGACCCCAAGGCUCAGAAAAGUGACGCCAACGCCCCCUUUGCCCAAUGGAGCACGGAGCGUGUAUGCACGUGGCUGGAGGACUUCGGCCUGGCUCAGUAUGUGAUCUUUGCGAGGCAAUGGGUGACUUCUGGCCACACUUUACUGACAGCUACCCCUCAGGACAUGGAAAAGGAGCUGGGAAUUAAGCACCCUCUUCACAGGAAAAAGCUGGUUUUAGCAGUGAAAGCCAUCAACACUAAGCAGGAGGAGAAGUCUGCACUGCUGGACCACAUUUGGGUAACACGUUGGCUUGAUGACAUUGGCUUACCCCAGUACAAAGACCAGUUUCAUGAAUCCAGAGUUGAUGGGCGAAUGCUGCAGUACCUGACGGUGAAUGAUCUCCUCUUCCUAAAAGUCACCAGCCAGCUACAUCAUCUCAGCAUCAAAUGUGCCAUUCACGUGCUGCACGUCAACAAGUUCAACCCUCACUGCCUGCACCGGCGGCCGGCUGACGAGAGUAACCUCUCUCCUUCAGAAGUUGUGCAGUGGUCCAACCACAGGGUGAUGGAGUGGUUGCGGUCCGUGGACCUGGCAGAAUACGCGCCCAACCUUCGUGGGAGUGGCGUCCACGGAGGGCUCAUUAUCCUAGAGCCACGCUUCACAGGGGACACCCUGGCCAUGCUUCUCAAUAUCCCGCCACAAAAGACGCUCCUCAGACGUCACCUGACCACCAAAUUCAACGCCUUGAUUGGCCCUGAGGCUGAGCAGGAGAAGCGAGAGAAAAUGACCUCACCUGCUUACACACCACUGACCACUACAGCCAAAGUCCGGCCAAGGAAGCUGGGAUUUUCACAUUUUGGAAACAUAAGAAAAAAGAAGUUUGAUGAGUCGACGGACUACAUUUGCCCAAUGGAGCCUGGCAACAGUGUCGGUGAUGGUCACAGGGCCUACAGUGGCGCCCAGGGCCUCAGCACCCUCGAUGCCCCUGAACUGGACGGGUUGGAGCAGAUGGCACCUUCGGAAGGCACCGUGACGCAGAUAGGGCUCCUCUCCCAAGACAUUCACCGCCUCACGACGAUGCUGAGCCAGGACCAGCUGCUGACCGACUCCCGCCUGGCCACUCCCAGAUCUGAGGACUGGAGAUGACUCUCUUCAUGGCUGGCAGCCCAGAGAGGCACGUGUGUGGGUCCCGAGUCCGCUUCGAUGGGAAGCUGGCCCACGGCCACCCACAGAGCCCAGACUGGGCCCCAGGGCAUCUCUAACGUGGGUGCUGACAGGACAAUGCGAGGCUGUGGAACAGAUGUCCACAAGGUGGCCCACAGGUUUUCAGCUGUGCUGUGCUCUCCACCACAGCUUUUGUACUUUUUAUACUUUUAUAAGUGGACUGUAGAGCACUUUUGCAGGGAGGGCAGUGAGAUGCCCACACACACUCAAUGACUCACGCCAUCCCUAGCAACAGCCGGGGGCACUUACACCAAAGGGGAAGGGCUGUGAGUCACAAAAGCUUUGCUGGAAAAAAAAAGUUCUGAAUGUUCUGAGCUGACUGAAGGGAUAGGAAGCCCCCUCCGGGGCUACUUCCGUAUGAAAGCUUGUAGUGUAUUUCCGUUCCCAGGAACCUGGCUGGAGUGACAGCAGGGAAGGAGGAAUGAGCUCCCUUGACAAGGCUGCCCUUUUCUGCAGUGGUGACUCAGGUUCUCAGGGCUGCGGGGCCUCCCAG